AUGACAAACUCUAAAAAUCCCCCAAUUCUCACCAUUGUCAACUCCAUGUCCGCCGGAGUACCCGUUACGCCACCCCCUCCGCCGCCAGCACUUCUAAAACCACAUCGCCGCCCUCGAGGUCAACAACACCAGACAACAACAGCCGCAACGAAAAAUACAACAAUCGGUCCGUUAUUGCCGUCACCGUCUCCAUCUUCACCGACUGGUGGGCACGAGCUGACUCCGUCGGCGGCGAACGGUAUGGCUGCAUCUGCGACGGGCGGCGGACCUACACAGACGAUGGUUGGUUUUCGCCGGAGCAUCCUCGCAUCCGUCUCCGGCGAUGGACUGCAGAUGCGAUGCGGCGGAUUGCAGCAACGCGGCGGCGGAGCUCCACCUCUGAGGAGACGACUGGUCGGAUCUAUGCAUCUAUACCCUCCGCCGGCGUCGGAGUCUGCUCGAGCCCCCAACAAUUAA